UUUUUUUUUUUCCCCCCUCUUUGAGGCGGCGGCGGUGCAAGCUGCAGGCAUGCAAGCAGGCCUUUUGGAUGCAGUUUGACAGAAAUCACUCGGUAUCACACCAAAGUCACCCCCACAGCCACACCUUCAUUCAAAGGCUCCCCUUUCCUGCACGCUCGCGCUCGCGCUCACGACUCCGCUCCAACUCUCAACCAGUCUUGCUCCAGAGAUCCCUUCCAGCAACAAUCUAUUCCAUUCCCACUCUUGGCCCAAAUCCUGCAUCGCUUCGCGCGCCGCACUUGAUCUACGGGUCAAAAGGCAGCAAGUAGCAUAUCAUGACCGUCCAGCCCUCCAACAGCAACAGCAACAGCAACAGCAGCAGCAGCUCAUCCGGAACGCCCUUGGCUCUGUUCUGGCAAUUAGCCUCACCCUCGACAUCUGAGCGUUUAAGCAGCUCUUCCAAACUCGUCUCCCUGCUCGCCUCCUCCUCCUCCUCCUCCUCCUCCGAUGCUGGUCAUUCUCACGCGCACGUGCACACAUCAUCCACAAUCAUCUCCUUGACGCCUGAUGAAGAGGCGCUACGAGCCACACAGGAUAGGUUGCAAGGUGCGCUGGAUGGCGAUACGAUCUACACCGUCAAGAGGCUCAUCAGAGGUUUGGCCAGUUCGAGGGAGAGCGCGAGGAUCGGCUUCUCCGUCGCACUGUCCGAGCUGAUCGCUCAACUGCCAGCGCUGGGCUCGCAAGAUGUGCUGCGACUCUUGCUGAGCUCUUGCCCGCUGGAGAAGAAGCAGUCGGGCGCAGAGGAACGCAACUCGCUGUUUGCCAGAUUGUUCGGCGUGCUCGCACUCGUCAGAUCAUUUGCGCUGCUUCGAGAGUCCAAAGCGCAGGCGCAGGCGCAGGCGCAAGUCGAACAGAGCGUUCGGUGCUGCGUUCAAGUGCUGUUGGAUCUGUACGCUACAAAGAGCUGGUUGAUGGAACCCUCUGCUUGGGUGGCUCAGCAGCUGCUGCAACAAGCUUUUCAGAUCUCUUCCGCGCUGGCAUGCGAGCUGACCAAACAGAUGCUGCUAGGUCAAGUCGAGGGCAAGAGCAAGAGCACCACAUUUCAGGGUCCUGAUCGCAUCGCCAUUCUGCUGAGCGUGCAGAGCUUGAUGGAGAAGCGCAGCUACGUGCAGUGUCUUGUGCCGCUCACAGGGCCCACGCUGCUGUCCAGGCAUAAUCUGCCCGCCCUCGCCAAGUUGCUGCGAUACGUUCAGCCUGCGGCGAGCACACGCGACGACCCCCAAGACGCCGACGGACUACGUGGAGCCAAUCUGGCUCCAGCUUCGGCCGCAGCAGCAGCAGCAGCAGCAGGUCACUCUCGAACGCAACCGCACUUUGUCUGGAAGCAGAUCAUUAGCGAACACUUUGAUGCUGAUGCGCGUCAGGGCGAGAGAGUGGACCUACCGCAUUUGCUGCAAAUCAUCCUCGACGACAAUCUCUUCUCUCCCACAAGCUCGAGCGAGAAGAAGUUUCAGGGAUUCAUGGUCGUGGAGAGCUUGAUUGAGCAGAUUUGCCAAAGGGAUUCGGGUGCGAGCGGGGACGCAGCGAGCCUGGAGAGCGGAAGAUUGAUCGGCAAGGGCUUCCUGAGGAGCUGGAUCAACGCGCUCGGUGGAAAGGGCGGAGAGGAGAGGAAAUUGAAGGCUGCAGCGGAAAAGACUACACUCAGCAUUCUGCGCCUGGUUCGCCAUGACUCCUCGACGGGCUACCUGAUUCUUUCCCAGCUCCUGAGCGCCAAAUCCAAUCCGCCGCACGUGCAGCGUCUGGUAGAGCAGCUGCUGAGCUCGAUGGAUCGCGCAGGCGUGCAAAAGUACGCAGAUCAUCUGAUCCAGCUUGCUUGUUCCGCCGAUAACUCUGUCGCUGCGGCGAAUAGAGAUACACACGUUGCGGAAGGAAGCCAAGCAGAUGCGCAAGGAGAAGCGAAGAGCAUGAAUGCGAAGAGAUUGUGGGCGUUUGAUCAGCUUUUGAACCUGAUUAGGAACAGCAAAAUCGAAAAGCCAGAGCAACUCGUCAGACAGGUGUUGGGCUUCUUUGCUGUUCGAGGAUGGUUCGAACAGGCGCAGGCAGGCGGCAAAGACACGAUCGACACACAAUUCCUGCGCACUCUCAGCGAGACCAGACCCGUCCCGGACUUCUCUAAGCACCUUCGAAAGGAGGCGAGGAGUAGGUAUUAUAGCUGUGCGGAUGCGUUGCUAAGCCACAUCGUCUUGUUGGGUGAGUCCGCAUCGCCUUGUCCCCCAGCCUCGAGUAGCAGCUCUCAGCAUAAGCUUGCCUCCAUCAUCACGUUUGCUCGCCGACGCGCAGAAGAUGCAUCGGGCAAGAAGACGCGUAGACAAGGCUACGCUGCGAGCGGUAGUAGAUGGAUGGACUUGCUCGUGUCCGACUUGCGAUCCAUCGAGUCCUCUGGCACUUUUGUCCCAAUCUUUGGACCUUCUGGACUCUCUCCCAAACGCGCAGAUGCUAAAGAUGCACAUACACCUUCAGAGAGGAGGAUCGCGGCGAGCAGGGAACUGCAGAGAUUGGAAGAGGUGAUUCGCAAGACGCACGAUGGGGAGAGUCAAAAGGAACAUUUUGCCGCCGUCCGCGAUUUGAUACGAGCGGCGAUGCUUUGGAGCUGGGGAGAACAAGCUGGGGAGGAAAUGCUGGAGCCGUUGGUGGAUUGCUCUACCAGACUCAUUUCGCCGGAUCCAGCUGCACAGCCGUCGGACUCAGCAGACGAACCGACUGCGGUGGAACUUCUCAUCGACACGCUAGUCAGCAUGCUGGAGCUGCCUUCUGCCUUUCUUAGGAGCAUCGUCACCUCCGUAUGGUCAGCAUUCAUUCCUGAAGUGGAUCAUAGCGGGCUGCGAUUGUUGUUCAGCCAACUUGGAGUGGACGAUGAAAACGCUGCAACAGAAGACGCAAUGUCUGUGGAUGGUUCUGGAGAGGAAGAGCUAGACUUUGGUGCAAUCUCUUCCGGUGACGAUGACUCGGAAGUGGACGAAGAAGACGACGACGAUACGUCAGCAACCUCUCAGAGCGGUUUGGGGCUCGACUCGGAAGACGCGAAUGCAGAGGUGGACCCUGUGCUUCGCGCUGCGCUCGAAUUGGCUCUCAAAGAGGGCGGGCUGGCUCCUAGAGAGUCCUCCAAAGCACAGCAGGAGGAGGGUGAAGGAGACGAGAGCGAGAGCGACGAGGAAGAGGAGGAGGAGCUGCUGGACGAUGAUGCGAUGCUCAAAAUUGAUGAGAAGCUGUCUCAAAUAUUUAGAGAGAGGGCAGGCGCCAAGAAGGAAGAUGCUGAGGCGAAACGAGAAGCCGUCGCGUUCCAGCUGCGAGUCCUGGACCUUUUGGAACAGUAUGCGAAAAGGGUGUCGAGCAACCCCCUUGUUGCGAGCAUGGUCGGACCUCUUCUCCAAGUCAUACAAGAGACGGAGAAUAAAGAAGGAGCCCAAGUCAUUGCUCGCGCUUCGAGCAUUUUACGCAACACCAUCGCGAAGAGCAAAGAGACUCCUGGCAGUAUCGCUGUCGAGGAGCUUCUGCCGGUCCUUCAGACUAUUCAUGCCGAUGUGCUUAGAGCGCAGAGCAAGGAGACGCAAGAGCUGUUGAGCGUUGCCAACGAGUACCUGACGCGAUGCGUGUUGUCCCGAGCUACGGACGCUCUGCCGUUGGACGCCUCGGCACUGACGGGGCUGUACAAGCAGACUUUGACCGCUUGGAUCGACAAGAAGAAUAGUCCCGUCAAGCUCGGCUUUUUCGCCAAUGUGCUGAGAAAAAUGCCAGCCAUAGCCUUGGCGCUGCGAGACGACUUGUUUGCCGCCGUCGUUCCUGCAAGCACGGUUGGAAAUUUCCGACAGGGCGAGGUGUUUGGUUUGAUCUCUGCACCGAUGGCCCAGCUUGCUCAAAGCGAAUCUGCUGCACUGGCUCAAGAAGGUCUUUUGUACGUUGCGCGUUUGCAAGACUUUAUCAUCGAUUACAUCCGGGAAGCUUGCGCGCCUUCGACAUUCGAGCCCAAGUCGGAUAGGCUCAAAGAGGUGCUCAAAUUGGGCCUGACCGCUGCUAGGACGACGCCUCGCCUGCUGGAGCACAGUCGAGCCGGAAUCGGCUCGAACGCUGCAACGCACAGCCUUUGGAAAACCGAAGCGUUGGAGCAAUUGUCAGUGGAGCUGAAGAAUAGCCAAAAGUACGGCGCUUCUAGCGCAUUGAGGGAUCUGCUCAAACAGCUGGUCAGCGUGACUAAGAAGAGCACCAAUGGGAAGCAAGUUGGCGAUGCUAGCUCGACCGGUCACAAGGAGGGAAAAAACAGCAAUUCCGAGAAGAGGAAUAGAGAGCAGGGAGCAUCGGAGACGCAAAGCAAUGGCGCCAAGGCGGGCAAAAAGCAGAAGAAGCAGUAGAGACGGCAGUGCAUGUUGAUGUCACCGCAUGUCAGCAGUGUAAUGUCAGCAAGCUUCGCAUGCAAGGUCCAGAAAUAGAUGAGUGGGCAUGG